AUGGCGCUGGAGGUCGGCGACGGCCAGGAGGAGGAGGCCAAUGUGCUUCCAGGUUCGGCGCUGUACCGGCAGAUGUUCUCGGCCAUGGCGGCGACCAGCGACGGCGAGCUGUGCCUGCAGGGACUCAUCACCGUCGUUGAGCGCCUAAACGGCAUCCACAAAUUUGUGGAUGCUAUCAUCAAUCUUAAUAAAUUGUUCUAUGCUUGUAAUCAAGGUGUUGACAAGAUUAUUGAUCUGGCAACACUAACCGGUGCCUGUGUUGUUGCACUUGGGCCUAGCAUUGCUGGAAUCUUCACACCAAGUGAUGAACUAGCCGAGGAAUUAACUACUGCAUCUGAGUUAUCGGGGGAGAAGUUCUGGAAAUUUCCCAUGGAGGAAAGCUACUGGGAGCAGAUGAAGUCUGGUGUGGCUGACAUGGUCAACACGGGCGGUCGACAGGGCGGUUCCAUCACAGCUGCCCUGUUCCUGAAACAGUUUGUCGAUGAGAAGGUUCAGUGGAUGCACAUCGACAUGGCAGGCCCGGUGUGGAACGACAAGAAGCAUGACGCGACUGGCUUUGGCGUGUCCACCCUGGUGGAGUGGGUCCUCAAGAACUCAUCAUCAUCUAGAAUGAACUCCCCCCUGAUUUCCAUUGGUUCUGAUAACAACAUCAAAGAUUCAUCGUCUGUAACAGUGAAUGAAUGGUUUUUAUUUGCUUUUGGCUGGCGUAUGGAGUGUGGAGCGAUAGAAUAA